CCUGAAUGCGUCACAGCUUCCGAGAGCGAUAAGGACGAUGAGCUGACUUGUUUUGUGCCUUUAGCUUGAGCGUUACGUUUGUGCUGCACUUUCACGCACGUCUUGCACACGGACAGCCGAGUGUCACGAUGUCCGGCGUGAAGAUCCGUGAAUACCGCGACGGCGACUUCUCUACGGUGCGGGAGAUUUUCUCGCUGGGCACGAGCGAGCACGUGCCGGCGUCCUUCGUGCAUUUCCUCAAGCAACCGCAGUGUCAGAUGCUGCUCAUGUCCACCUUCUGUGCGCUGUUAGCUAGCUCCAAGUCCUUCCUGCUGCCUGUUCUCGCCGUCACGCUGCUGCUGGCCAUCGUCUGCCAACUUGUGGUCUACAAUUUCAACAACUACAUCGAGAAGUGCUGCAGCACAGAUCUCAACAGCAUCAGCGAGACCUACAUGGCCCCCCGGGACGCCUGCUUCUGGGUGGCCGAAAACGAAGGACGCGUGGUGGGCAUGGUGGCCUGCCGCCCCAAGGACGGCGUCCCCGACUGCCUGGAGCUCAAGCGUCUGUCGGUACUACGCAGCCAUCGCGGCAGGGGCGUGGCCAAAAAGCUGUGUCAGGCGGUGGCGGACUUCACGCGCGAGCGAGGCUACGCCGCCGUGGUCCUCCACACUUCGGUGGUGCAGACGGACGCGCAGAAGCUGUACGUGGCCAUGGGGUUCCGCAAGCUGCGAGAGUUCCCGGAGGGCAAUCUCGCCGCCAGGCUCACAAACUUCUCGCUCUUUGAGUACAGACUGGAUCUGCACAAAGACCACGCGGCAAAGUGAGUCUGCGGACAUUCCGUGACGGCUUUCGUUGCGAAAGCGCUCUUUGAGCAGGUGCCAGAAGGUGGUCCGUGCAACACAGAUGUGAAGCGGGACACGGUGUACAAUGGGCAAUUGUUUUCCUUGGGGUAAAAAUGGCAUUCAAAAUCGAGGUCCUAAUUAUUUAUCGCCUUACACGUGCAAAAAUCAACUUUGUGUUGACUCGAGGUGCAAUAGUCGAAAAGUAAUUGAUUAUCAGAUAAUCGAGAAUUAUUUUGAGGAAUUGAUGAAUCUUUCAGAUGGCAUGUGUCAAACUCAGUGUCGUGUCAAUUGUCUUUGCCUUUAAAAAAUUCUGAGGUCCCCCCCGCCCCCCCUUAUAAGAUAAAUGUAAUAAUAUUUAAGCAAAACGGUUUCACUCUCCUCUGUUUUCAAAAUGAGUUCGUGAGUGGGGGGCACCACAGUGGGCACAGUCAAUUCGAAAUCAAGACCACAAUCCCAUUUUAUUCCGAGCCAAAUUAAGGUUACGCACAAAACCUCUGAAUUGUUCAGAAAUAAAAAUGUCGCUCACC